AUGGAAGUAAAAGUGAGUUACGGGGAUUAAGAAAUUUCUAUUAUGUGUCCACAUAUUUAAUUAACUGGCCAAUAUAUCUUCGAAUAAAUCUCAAAUUAGUUUAAUUUACAUUAAGAUUCUUUUGAGCUUCUCAUAUAUACAGAAUUAGGUACUAAAAAUCUAGAGAAGAAUUAAACACUCUCAUAACAAAAUAUAACAUAGUAAUAUCAAAAUUAUUUGGUUGUUAAAAAAAAGUAAUUUAAAAUUUUUACUUAGGUCUGAAAUUUAAUAUAUGUAGAAUACAGCUAACUUUUAAUAAGAAAAUAACUUUAAAAUCUCUAAUCAAUAAUUUGCAGGAGUUUAAGCGCCAAAUUAUGUUAAUGGGUAAUAAUUACUUCAAAUAAAUAGACAAUUUCCAGCUAAUUAAUUAAAUAUGAUUCCAAGCUAAAUGCCAGCAAAUCCUCAAAAUUAACAAUUAACUAAUAACAUUUAAGGAGGGCAACCAGUCUAAUUUUAACUUCCAAACUUGUAAAAUCCACCUUUUGUUUAAAAUUAACAACAUGGGCAAACAAAUCCUACGAACAUUGCUUAUUUAUAACAAGGUCAACAAAAUCCAAUGAAUAAUUCUAAUUAAUAUUCAGGGCAGCCAAAUCCAAUAAAUAACAAUUAAAUAACAGGGCAACUAAAUCCAUUAAACAAUAAUUAAUUUGGAGGGCAACCAAAUCCAAUGAACAAUUUUAAUUAAUUUGCAAAUCCAAUAAGCAACAAUUAAAUAACAGGGCAACCUAAUCCAUUAAACAACAAUUAAUUUGGAGGGCAACCAAAUCCAAUGAACAAUUUUAAUUAAUAUUUAGCCCCACAAAAUGUAUAGAACGCUGUUUUUUAAUUUUAAGGACAGCAAAACCCUAUUCCUUUCCAAUAACCAAAUUAAAUACUGAAUUCAUUUUAUCCUCCUUAAAUUAUUCCUACUAUCUCAUCCUUAAAACAACAUGAUAGAUAAAUAGAAUAGUUAUAAGAUUAAUUAAAAUAAUAGGAAGAAUAAAUUUAAAAAUUAUAGGAAAAUAAGUUAAAGUUAGAAAAUCUAAUUAAAAGACUGAAUAGUGAAAAAAAUUAAUUGUAAAAUGAUUGUGAUGAAGAAAUAUAUAAAAUAAAUGUAGAGAAUAAAGAUAAAAUAAAUAAGAUGUAAGAUGCUUUCAAUUCUACAAAUUUUUAAAAUUAAUCAAAAAUAAAAUUUCUAUAAUAAGAAAUAGAAGAUUUGAGGUAUGGCAAUAUUAUAAUUAUGUAGGGAAUAGAGGUAAUAGCUUGAAAGUGAUUUUAAUAGAUAAAGACAAUAAAUGAAUAGAUAAUCUGGACCUAUUAAUGAUAGGAUUUCAAUUGUUUAAAAUGAUCAAACUAUAAUAGAUGAAUUAAGAGCAAAAAAUUAAUCAUUAACAAAGUAAUUGAGAGAACGGGAUACAAUUAUUUAAAAUAAAGAAUACGAGAUUGAACAAUUGUACAAACAAAUCAAAGAUAGAGAUGAUAAAGAAAAAUUCUAAUAAUCAAAUAAAAAUGAUGAACUUGAUCGACGUUUUAAAGAAUAAUCAUAAAAAUUUAAUUUACUUUAAUCAAAAGUUGAUGAAUUAAGUCAUUAGGCUUAUGUUGAACAAAAGAAAAGAGAAGAUAGAGAAAAAGAAAUAACUAAACUAAAAGAAAAAGUUGUUAAUCUUGAGACUGAAAUAGAAUUAUAAGCCAUUGAAAUAAAAAAUGAUAAACAAAUUAUAUAAUUCAUAACAGAAUUAACAAAUAAAAAUUAAGAAGGACAUAAUAAUUAAUUAAUGCCACAAUUAAAUUAAGAAUUAUAAAGGCUUUAAGAAAAUAUGUAGAUGGAAUUAGCUCAGAGAAAGAUGUAGGAAUAAUAGAAAAAAGUGGAUGAAUAAUUGAGAAUAUAAUAAGAGAAUGCUUAAAGGAUAAUUAUUAGAUAAGAGAGAGAACAAAAAAUAAAGAAUGAAAAAUAAAAAAAAGCUUGCAAAUUAAGAGAAGCCAUUAUGAACACAUAAGGAAUACUUUAAGUAGGAUUAUUGGUUGAUGUUACAGGAUCUAUGGAUACAUAUAAAGACGCAACAAUGAAUAUUAUACAAAGAACUAUGGGUUGUAUUAAAAGUUAAACAAAUAGAGAUUGUGAAUGGGGAGCUGUUUGUUAUUAAGAUUUUGCAGAAUUAAAAUAAAGAGGAGAAUAUAUGUAACAUCAAUUUACUAGAGAUUCAAAUUAGAUGAUAAAUUUUUUAAAGAAUAUUACUUGUGAUGGUGGAGAUGAUGGUGCUGAAGAUUUAAGGAAUGGAAUUAAAUAGAUGAUUAGUAAUUUAAAAUGGGAGAAAUAUUUUAAAAUUGCUUUAUUAAUAUGUGAUGCUCCAUGUCAUGGUAAAAAAUGGACAGGAAAUGUUUUAGAUGAUUAUCCAGAAGAAGAUUUGGAAGAUGGAUUAUAAUAAUUAAUUAAUAAAAAUAUAGUUUUAAUUGGAAUUGAAUUCUCAUAAAAUACAGAUGUUAUGUUUGCACAAAUGAAAAACUUUUAUGCAAAAUAAAACAAAUAAUAGAUGUUAAUUGUUGUAGAUUUAAAAAAUAAAAAACCUGAUUAAAUUUAAGAUUAAUUAAUAAACAUUAUUUCUGAAGCAUCUAUUUCAAUUACUGAAGUAAGUUAAUAAGGUACAAAAACAAAAAAAGAAAAUGUUAAAAGAGAUGGUGCAUUAGAAGCCUUAGUAAAACUUUUACCAGAUCCAACAAAAUUCAAUUAAGAUCCUAAAAUAACUACUAUAGAAACUACUUUUAAGGUAUUUAGAGUUGAAAUUAACAAUAAUGCUUUUGAAAAAAAUAUUACAUCAAUAUAUAAAAUAACUGUACCUUAAGAUUAUAGUAUUACACUUGAAAGUGAAUGGAAUUGUAUUAGAACAUUAAAACCAUUUGCUUUUGGGUAACUUAAAGAAGUUUAUUUGAUGAAAAAAUUAAAUAAUUCAGUAUAAGAUGAAGUUUAUGUUAUAAAAAUGCCUAUUGGGUAUUUAUUCUAUUUAUUUUUAGAGGCUAAACUUAUAAAACAAUGAAUGAAGCACUUUUGGAAUGUAGAUCCCAUUUGAUUUCAAAAAGAUUAAUGUAAAAAUUUAUGUAGGAUUUAAAUGAUAAAAAUUUUAAUGCUCUUUAAAUUAAAUAUUCAGAUUUCUUAAUACUUUAAGAACAUGACAGUAAAUAUUAAUCUAAUUUUUAUAGGUAGCUUUUGGAUUGCAGAAAGAUUUUUUAAGGGAGAUUUUGUAAAAUUCAAUAAUAAUUAUGGAUAUAUUAAUCCAAAGGAUGAUUUAUUAAACAAUAUAGCUUAAUUAUUUUCCUAUUACACAUAUCAUAUAAGUGAUUUUUAGUAUAUGAUUUGUGAUGUAUAAGGAGUAGGUUACAAUUUUACAGACCCAGCAAUUAAUACAAGUGAAGGAAAUUUUGAUGAAACAGAUUUAGGUUAAGAUGGAAUUGGAUAAUAUAUUAUUUCAUUUGAAAAGGAUAAAACAGUACGUUAUCAAAAAUUCUUAGAUUUGCUAAAUUUAAAUGAUUGAAU